AUGAGGAAAGUGAUUCUUGUGGAUGCUACGUUUUCGAAGAACGGAUAUGGUGGUGUACUAGUAUUUGCUAAAGCUCAAGAUCCUAAUCGUCACCAUUAUCCCCUCGCGUUUGAGGUACUCGACGUAUUUAUGAGCGAUAGGAAUCAGAGCCUCAUUACCGCUGUAGCAAAUGUGUAUCCACAAUCUCACCAUGGCCAUUGUAUAUGGCAUCUAGCUCAGAAUUUGAGAAAUCAUGCUUGUAACACCAUCAAAGCCGUAGUGGCAUGGAGAUUUAUGGAGUUGGCUAGGUAUUACACAGUGCAUGAGUUCGAGGCUGCUUAUGCAUCUUUUAAGGUGAGAUAUCCUUCAGCCUUCAAGUAUUUGGAGGAGAAAACUAAGAGAGAAACAUGGGCUAGGGUCUAUUUUCCAGGUUGUAGAUACAACUUGGACACUAGCAACAGUGUGGAGUCGAUGAAUAGCGCGUUUAGGGACGCAAGGAGGUAUGCCUUGAUACCAGUGUUGGAUACAAUAAUCAGAAAGAUUUCUGACUGGUUUAAUGAACAUCGGAAGGACGCUGUGUCUGGAUCGAUUGAUACCAAACUGGUUCCUCUGGUUGAGAUCCAUUUGCACAACUUAUGGGGCAAAGCUGAUAAAACGCCAGUGCGUGAGCUGAAUAGUUAUGAUCUUGAGUACGAGGUAACUGACACUGACGAUGGGAAGGUUUAUUUGGUGAACUUGAUAGCGAAGACAUGUAGCUGCAAGGUAUAUGAUUAUGAAAAGUAUCCUUGUCUUCACGGACUUGCUGCUUACUUAUAUUUCCUUGAGGUUCCUGCUGCUCAUGGUCAUCGACGUGAGGUCAACAUAGAGUAUCAUCAGUUGAGCUCACAGUAUUACUGGACAGAACUUUGGGCAAUGGCUUAUUACAGGACCAUUUAUUCUGUGCCGGACAAAUCUGAAUGGAAUGUACCAGAUCACAUCAAAGAGCUCCAGAUCAUACCUCCAAAAAAGCUAACGAGGAAGGGAAGAAAAAAGCUUAAUAGGAAUCCAUCAGUUGGAGAAUGGCGUAAAAGGACAAAAAAUGAGAAAAAUGGAUGCAAGUACUUCAAAUGGUUUGAUGUAGAGGAUGGUACAGGAUGGCAAAAAAUGGCUUUGAUUGAAGCCCGAGAUGAGAUCCGAGAGCAGAGUAGAGUGAUCGAACAGUUAAACGAAACCAUUGGAGAACUGACAAAAAUUUUGGAGAGGAUUCAACAAGAAGAAGACAUUGUUAGAGACUUUAAAAAUCUCUAUGUUUAA